ACAGUUAUUUAGUUGAAUAAAUGGCGCCAGUUUGAUACAAGACGAGUUAUUUUAUACUAAUUUUCUAUCAAAUGGACGUGAAAACGCCAAACCCAAAACCGAGACCAAUACCUACAUAUUUGCUGGAACCUGAAGUUCUAUCUACGAAAAGGGAAAAAGAAAUAAGACUUCAUCAAGAACUACCACCCAAGUUAAUUAGAAGUGCACCGCCGGUUAGCCGCCUGUUGAGACAGAAAAGACGAAAAAAUGGAACCACUUAUUUGUCACCUAAAAUUCAGAAUAAAUUAAAGCUUAAUUCACCGAAAGAAGGUUCUAUUGAUACCUUGAAUAAAAAUAAAUCAAUAUUAUCUGAAAAUUUUAUUGUUUUAUCACGAAUCGGUAAUGGAUCUUUUGGGGAGGUGUUCAAAGUUCGUAGUAAAACUACAGGGGAACUUUUUGCCAUAAAACGUACCAUAGACUGCUUUAGAGGAAACUUUGAUAGGAAAUUAAAGAUGCGGGAAGUUGAUAAAUAUAAUAGAAUUCCAUCUCAUCCCAAUUGUGUGAAAUUUUUCCGAGCUUGGGAGGAGAACAGACGUUUCUUCAUUCAAACAGAAUUGUGCUAUGCCAGUUUGGACAAAUAUGUGAGUCGGGAACAGUCAAUUCCGGAGAUUGAGCUUUGCUACUGGCUCAUUGAUCUACUUAAAGCUCUAAGUCAUCUUCAUCGCCAUAGCCUAGUGCAUUUAGAUGUUAAACCAGAGAAUAUUUUCAUCGAAUUAAACGGAAUUUGCAAAUUGGGUGACUACGGUAUAAUGCACGAUCUAUAUUCAGACAAAGAUACGGAUUUUCAAGAGGGUGAUCCAAAAUACUUGGCACCGGAAGUUAUGAAUGAAAGCUUCAAUACAAAAGCCGAUAUAUUCAGUUUGGGGAUGUCUAUGCUAGAAUUGGCUGGUAAUUUAAAUUUACCAAGAAGAGGAGCCGCAUGGCAUGAUUUACGUACUGGAAAAAUUCCACACCAUUUUCUAAACAAUUAUUCGCCCGAAUUUCAAUCGAUUAUUGUUCAGAUGCUUUGCCCUAAUCCGGUAAAUAGGCCUUCUGCUGAAAAGAUGCUAUCAUUUCAAUUUUUCAAAAAGAUAGCGUUGGACCGACAAAUACCUUUGUCAAGAGAGAAUAGUGACUUUGAACUUGAUAAUUCGUACGAAGAGCCUACUGAUACUCUAAGGUCACCGAGUGGUAAGUAACAAAUAUACUUGAGCACGAUACAUGUUGAAAGAUAAUUGGUGACUAAUGAUUUACAACCACUUGAAAAAAAAAAUCAUCUAGCUCCUUCUUCGGUAUCGAGUGAUGACGAAGAGUUGGCUUUUCCCUUAAACUUUUCGUUCUCCCAAGAGUCUCCAAGUAGAAGAAAAACACCGUCUUCUAAUAAAAAGUACCUUUGUAAGACUGCUCCGGAUAAUUUUCGUAUAAAUUCUAAUUUGUACGAGGGAGACGACUUGGACAAUUCGGAAAAUGAUGAGCAUACUUUGGCCAGAAAUCUUUUGCAGGAUUUCUGCAAUAUUGAUGAAGAAGAUUAAAUUGUUUUUUUUAUCGUGGGGGAGAAAACGAAUUUUCGCUUAGUAUAUAUAUAUAUAUAUAUAUUUUUAUAUGUUUAAAUCAAAGAUGGAACGGAAAAAAACAAAUUUAACGGUUGGGUAGGGCGAAAUCGAAAGUUGAUAAAAAAAAAAAAACAGGGUUGGGAAAAGAACCUCUAAAUGAUAUAUACACACUCGCAAUGGUGCUUUCUGGAAAAAAAAUUUAACGAAAAAACAUAAAAAAGGAAUUUUCUUUUUUUCUGUUUUUUUCUUUUAGCUUUAUUUUACUUUUUCUUUUUAUACAGAACAUGUCAAAAGUUUUUUUUUUUUAAAUUAAUGAAGCAUGUCCUUUUAUUUUUACUUCCUUAUAAAGAAACUUUUUUUUUUUAAAAAAAUCAUCUAAUUUCUUCUUUUUAUAUAUAUAUAUAGUAAGUUUUAUAUAUAAUAAUAAAAAUUUUUUUUAAAAAAAAAAAAUCAACCCCUGUUUUCUCUUAUGUAACAAAAACUUUUAUUAUGUUAAAAAAGAACCUCUUACUAUAUUUCUGUGCUUUUUGUUUGUAAGGAAGUAAAAAGAAAAAUUAAUGAACUGUCAUAUUUGACUAUGGAAAAAAAAGAAUUUAUAUAUAUAUAUAUAUAUAUAUGUGUGUUACAGUCAAAAUAGAUUGAUUGAAAAAAGAAUAUGGGUAAAUACGUACGUAUUUUGUUUUCUUUUUUUUUUUCAAUACUAUAAAAAUGACUGAAUGGAAAAAAAAAUUACUAUACUCUGCAGAGAAAAAAUACAUUACACGUAUAAAGUUAAUUUGUCGAAAAAUAAUAUUGUUCUUUUUUGUGUAUGUAUUGAUGAAAAAGAAUUUGUAUGAAUUAUUUCUGUUUUUAAACGAAAUAUUGAAACUUUUUUUUCUUUGAAAAAAAAGUUAGUGGAAAAUAUUUACAAGUG